AUGGCCUCCCUCAAAGGCAAAGUCGUAUGCGUCUCGGGCGCCGCUUCGGGCAUCGGAAAGGCGACGGCCAAGCACCUGUUCUCGCUGGGCGUCAACCUGUCCCUGACAGACAACCGCAAGGAGGCCCUGGACGCGGCCGUCGAGGAGAUCAAGACACAGCCCCUGGCCGACGGCGUGUCGGCUGCACCCAAGGUGUAUGCCCGCGUCACGGAUGUGCGGUCGUCGGCCGCGGUCAAUGCCUGGAUUGACGAGACAGUCAAGACGCUCGGCGGCCUCGACGGCGCCGCGAACUUGGCCGGUGUCGUCGGCAAGAACAUUGGCAGGCACGACGUGACGGACCUGUCGGACGAGGAAUGGGCGUUUGUCAACGACGUCAAUCUGACGGGCGUGUUCUAUGCGAUGCGCGCCCAGCUGCGGGCCAUGAAGAAGAUGGGCGGCGGCACGCCGCGCAGCAUUGUCAACGCGGCCAGCACGGCGGGCAUCGCGGGCAACGCCAAGAACGCCAAUUACAGCGCGGCCAAGCACGGCGUGGUGGGCCUGAUGCGGAGUGCCGCCAAGGAAGUCGGCCGCGACAACAUCCGGGUCAACUGCGUGGCGCCCGGCGUGAUUGACACGCCCAUGGUGCAGACGCUCUUCAAGGGGCUGGCGGACGGGAUCGAGAAGAUUGUGCAGGAGGGCCAGGCGCUGGGCCGGCGGGCCAACCCGACCGAGGUGGGCAAGACGAUUGCCUUCUUGCUGGGAGAGGACUCGUCGGUUGUGACGAUUGACGGCGGUCAGAUUUGCUAG